AUGUUUCUCACUAGACGUCAUUAUCCAUCAAUAUCAUUUGUUAUUGCUUUCUUUUGCCUGAUUUCGUUUACCAAUUGUUGUAAUAUAUGGAAAGCAUCGGAAUGUCCACAACCACCAACAGCUGACGACGAAGAAAUUUUCAAAUAUGAUUUGUACACACGCGAACAACUUUUUCAAUUUUGUGAUCAAGGAAAAAAAUACGCUGAGUGUGUUAAUAAAAGACUUCAAUGUUGUGAUUUGAAAAGUGAACAUACAGGUGCACUAGCUGCGUUUGAUGUUGGCCUUCAACAAAAUGGUUGGCGACUGGGACGAUAUUGUGCUGGUCUUGGAGGCACAACAAUUAUUCAAUAUAAAUGUAAAACAACGACACUUUCACCAUUGAAAACAACAACAACUACUACUUCAACCUCCUCCACGAUAUCACCCUGUGAAGUUGAAGAAGCUGGCAAAGAAUGCAAUGACAUAUUGGAAGAUCGUUUGAAAUUCGACAUCACUUGGUCUGUUCAAGAGAAAAUUCAAUGGUGUAAAUCUGUUACAGAUUAUAUUCAAUGUGCUGGUAAACACAUAAGCAAUUGUUCAAUUAGCGAAGUACGUGAUGAUGUUGAACAACUAUCGAAUUUUAUGGAAUAUAUCAUGAAACAAGCGAAUUUGAAUUGUCACGGUGGAUUUUAUGGUUGUGAACAUGCAAUUACAGAUGUACGCUGUCGAUUAAGUGCGCGAAAGUUUUAUAGUGGUGAAGCAUUUGAUUCUGGUUCAGCAAUGAUUACUAGCCAAUGUUGGUUAGCUUUAUCAAUAACUGUCAUCUAUUGGUGGAAUAUAUAA